UAAGUGUUUGUGAAGUAAGACUUUCUAUUGAAUAGUGUAAAAAUAUUUGCAAAUUUUAAGGCUCCUUAUAAGGGAUUCAAUAUUUUUAUAAUCGUUCGUACUUAUACUUCUAAUAUUGUCAGUGUUGUGCUAGUUUUUAAAUGUAUAAUCACAUUCUAAGUGCUCCUUGAAAAUGUUUUUUGCAAUAGCAGAACGUGUUCAAAACAACAUAUACGGAUGGACGAAAGCCAAAACAGCGAUGCAGAAACUACUUAUAUGUAUGUCAACGAUGUACAUGCAGCCUCGAGGGGCAAUUCUAAAUCCUCAGAAAAGAAAACUCUUUCCCUUUCGCCAGUAGAAAUGGAGGCAAACAAGGCAGCAGUUACGGAAUAUGAUAAUAAUGAGAAUGAUAACGGUAAAUUGCCAGAUGUUGUAGUGGAGGCCAAUACCUUGACCGAUGCACUGCCCGAAGAAACAUACUUUUCUAUUGCCAUACAAGUUUUUAUACCAUUUUUGGUGGCUGGAUUUGGCAUGGUAUUUGCUGGACUUGUUUUAGAUAGAAUACAGCAUUGGCCAGUUUUUGAAGAAAUAUCAGAGCUCGUUAUAUUAAUUCCCGCACUACUUGGACUAAAAGGAAAUUUGGAAAUGACGUUAGCGUCAAGAUUGUCAACGCAAGCUAAUUUAGGUCAUAUGGAUACAACUAAACAAAAGAUCAGAAUCAUUGUUGGGAAUUUAACCCUUAUACAGAGUCAAGCGAUUGUUGUAGGGUUCCUAGGUGCCCUAAUAGCAAUAAUUAUGGGCGGAAUUAAAAGUAACGAGGUUGAGCUAGACCACGCUUAUAUUCUUUGUGCUAGUAGCUUAAUUACCGUUUCGAUUGCCAGUUUCGUGCUUGGACUUAUAACUGCUGGGGUUAUAGUCUUUUCUAGAUACUGUAAGAUAAACCCGGAUAACGUAGCUACGCCCAUAGCUGCCAGCUUAGGAGAUAUCACUUCACUAACGUUGCUGUCUUGGGUCUCAACGUUUUUAUAUGACUCAAUUGGUCAGCAAGAUUGGUUAGCUCCACUUAUUAUAGGGGGUUAUAUAUUACUAAUACCAUUAUGGGUAUGGAUAGCAAAAAGAAACCCUCAAACGAGGGAAGUGUUGUAUCACGGUUGGACUCCUGUUAUUGGUGCAAUGUUCAUAAGUUCUAUAGGAGGGCUUAUACUAGAUUUUAUGGUCUCUAGAUUCGAGGGAAUAGCUGUCUUUCAGCCUGUGAUAAAUGGAGUAGGAGGUAAUUUAGUUGCCGUACAAUCAAGCAGAAUAUCAACCGCUCUACAUAAAGAAGCCCAGUUAGGCGUUUCAAGUUCCGUACACACAGACGAGGAAGAGAACUCCAAAAUAUUCAUAUCACCGAUGACGGCGUUUUGUGGGAAUGAUGGACAUGCAAGGACUACAAGAGUUUUAAUGACAUUGGUUAUUCCCGGACAUUUGAUUUUCAUAUACACAAUUGAUUAUAUGAAAGAUGGGGAUACGUCCCUUAGUUCUGUUUUUGUUGUAGUGUAUUUAUUAGCCGCUAUUAUGCAGGUAGCAACGUUGCUUUAUAUAGCUUAUAUUCUAAUUCACUGGAUGUGGAAAAAAGGGAUAGAUCCAGAUAAUUCUGCCAUACCUUAUCUUACAUCUGCUGGAGAUUUAUUAGGUAUUACGCUACUGGCUAUAGCUUUUCAGUUUUUGUAUUUGGUUUCUGAUCACGAUGUAAAUUUAGAUUAAUGCGCUGUUUUCAUCUUACUGGUUAUUGUGAUAUGUAUAUAAAUAAUAUUUGCACAGAUACAUAUAUGCUAUAAAUAGAUUUAUUUAUUUUUAAUAGAAAGGUCUACCUGUGCGAAAUAUGCUGUUUUCUUUUUAAUAAAAAAUAAUUGACUAAUAAA